AUGGCCAGACAGUCGAUUCCAGUCAUGGAAUGGGCCCAAGCCCACCACGGCGUUGCGUUCGACGACGACUACGAGCCACGCUACACUGCGCCUCUCCGCCGUGGAGGGUCCGACCAGCGAUUUCGAAGUCUAAGUAUGUCACUGCCAUGGAAGCGGCCCAAGCAUUCGCUCUUCAGCCACGAUGACGCCCGCGACCCAGCGCAACCCGUGAACGACGCUGCCAUUGACGACUCGCAUGAUGGACCUGAACAUCUUCAUGGGCCGGCCCAUGUUAACCACAGACGGGCUUCAGGGAGCUUCAAGGGCAUGAUUCGCCGUGCGUCCGUGUCUUUGAAAGGCAUCAUGCUUCGUCGGCCGUCUAUUGCCGCAGCAGAUGUAAUUUACGAACAAGGCGCUUCAAAUGAACGGGCCACGACGUCCCACGGUCCUCGGAACCGUCUGGUUCAAGCGGCCGGCUCGCGUCAUGCUCGCCCUUUCUACGAGUUGGACAUGUAUCGUGAUCAAAACAAGCACAUUCUUGUUCCUGGCGUAGGGGACGAGCCACCCAUCAUUCCCCGUCACACGGGAGCGGCGGCCAAGGCCUCGGCGGCCAUGCAAAAUGAGUAUUUUGCCCGGCAACGGUGGCUCAAUCCCUCUAGCGAUGAUGGGAUUGACCGCGAGAGUGGCAUCAGUAUCGUAGUGACCAGCCCAUCCUUGGAUCUCGACAAUGUUGACCAGGACAGCGUUUUGGAACAGGAUUCUCGCAUUAGUCGUAUUGAUUUCAUUUCUGAGCUGCCCCCAGAGCUUGCUAUUCACAUCUUGGCCUGCUUGGAUGCUUCGGCCCUGGCCAAAGCGAGUGCCGUGUCUCGUCAGUGGCACUGCACCGUUUCAAACCAGCACAUUUGGCGUGAGUCGUGCCUCAGAGAAACAACCGGCACUUACGCGACCAGCCGUCCGGUCCAACCCGGCGCUGGCAUGGGUGUACCCAAGAUUCACCCAGCAAAUGACUGGAAGAAGAUCUACAAGGUCAAGCUUGAGCUGAACCAGCGAUGGAGAGAGGGCAAGGCCCGGCCGGUAUACUUGAGUGGGCACACGGAUAGUAUCUACUGCCUGCAAUUUGAUGAAUUCAAGAUCGUGUCGGGCUCUCGCGACAAAACCAUCCGGGUCUGGGACAUGCACACCAUGGAGUGUAAGCUGGUUAUUGGACCCCCCGAAGUCGUCAACGGCCCCCAUUUGCUUGUGGACGAAGAAGGCAACCCGCGGCACUAUGCGGCCGGGUCGGACAAUGAGCAGACCGCCUUGUCACUGCCAGACACGGUGUCCUUCGCCGAGCACCACCAGGCCUCGAUCUUGUGUUUGCAGUAUGACGAUGAGAUCCUGGUGACGGGCUCAUCAGACUCCACAUGCAUUGUAUACGAUGUCAAGGCCGGUUACCGACCGAUCCGACGGCUUCGACACCACACGGCUGCUGUCUUGGACCUGGCCUUUGACAAGAAGCACAUUGUGACGUGCAGCAAAGACAUCAGCAUCUGUGUUUGGGACAGAGAAACCGGUGUCUUGCUUCGACAGCUUCGAGGUCACACUGGGCCUGUCAACGCGGUCCAGAUGCGCGGCAACACGAUUGUUUCCUGCUCCGGGGACUUUCGCGUGAAGCUGUGGAACAUUGACACCGGCAAGAACAUUCGCGAAUUCGUCGGCCAUACCAAGGGCCUGGCUUGCUCGCAGUUCUCCGAGGACGGCAGAUUUGUCGCGUCCGCCGGAAACGACAAGGUGAUUCGCAUCUGGGAUGCCAACACGGGCGAGUGUGUUCGCGAAAUGAAGGCGCACGAAAACCUGGUGCGUAGCUUGCACAUAGACAGCGUGAGCGGGCGACUGGUCAGCGGCAGCUACGACACCGACAUCAAGGUGUGGGACAUGGAAACGGGCAACCAGCUCCUCGACUUCCCACGGUGGCAUUCCAGCUGGGUUCUCAGCGCGAAGAGCGACUACCGCCGAAUCGUCAGCACUGGCCAAGAUCCCAAGAUUCUCAUCAUGGACUUUGGCGCCGAAGUCGAUGGCAUCGAGCAGCUGGAAACGGGCGUUGCACAGGCCACCGGCGAUAAGCCUUGA